AUGGAAGCAUGUGAAUCCUGUAAAACUACUGGCCAAAAGUUUAAUCGGUGCGGUAGGUGUAGAUCAACAGUGUAUUGUUCAAAAGAGUGUCAGAUAGCCCACUGGCCGUUUCAUAAACCAAAAUGUAAACCAUCAAAACAGGCUGAUUUAGUAGUCAACUAUAUAAAAUAUGAACAACAAAAAUUAAAAAUGUUGAUGUUAGAAGAUGUCCAUGAAGAUCCAACAAAAAUACCACUGUCCUAUCGCGAAUAUGACGAUUAUCAUCCAACUGAUGAUACCGAUAGUGAUGAAAAAGAAGAGCAAGACAUUAAUGAGCGCCGGUUGAUAGUACAACAUGAUCACGACAUACGCCAAGCAUUAUUAGAUCUACAUUCCAAACUAAUAAAUUACGGCACAUUUGAACGUGUAGGGUUCUCAGGGGCAGAUUUAUUCGCCGUUUGUCGAAGUGAAGCUGCAUGUAUCCAACGUUUUGGUUAUUAUUUUGACCGAGUUUAUUUAAGUUUAUAUAGACUUAAACCUGGCGAUUUAAUUGAUAAAAUACUGCAUGUACAGAAAUCAUCACCAGUUAACAAUAGCUACGUCUCAAAUUUGGUUUGUGAACCUAUGUUUAAGCCUAAUGAAAGUGUCACACAUAUUGUACUCAAUUUUAAUGAUUUAGCUUCAUUGUUGUUAAGAAUGAAUUUUGGUAAGCGACACGCUUUAGGUCUGAUAAAUGGAAAAAGAAACAUUUCCUUUUAA